AUGCCUAUUGUGAUCUGUACGGAUAUCAUCUAUCAAGAGAGCUUACUAGGAGUCUGACACUAAUCUCUUAUGGAUGAGAUGAAGAGUACAAAUACUUCUAUUGCGCCUGAGGUUGAGGUGCAUCCUGGAUUCUCACCAUCGAGGUUUGUGAAGGUUUUUAUGCAAGGUGAAGUUGUUGGGAGGAAGAUAAAUCUGGCCACUCACCAGAACUAUGCCUCGUUGUCCUUCGCUUUAAAAAGAUUAGGCAACAACUAUUCUAUGCCAUCAUGCGAGCUUAAUGGGUUAGUAAACAAUGAAGUUGAUGGGGCAUCAGAUGACAACAACUUCAUUCUUUUCUAUGAUACGAUGGAUGGUGACCGUUUAUUCGUUGGGGAAGUCCCAUGGGAGAUUUUCGUCAUUUCUGUCAAGAGGAUCUACAUUGUUCGUGUUCCACAGGAACAAGAGAACGUUGCAGACAACGGAGAGGAAGAAGACAGAGAGAAUGGUGAAGACAAUGCUGCUGUUUCUGCUACUGCCCUAGAUGGAGAUGAUAUCCCAGCUAAUGACGACGACGACGACGUUGUUGAUGACGGAGAUGCUACGGCCACUACUCCUGCUGAUGGAGGUUUCUGAGGAGUCGUAGCCAACUCAAAAUAUGAAGAAAACAAAUAAAUAAGCAGCAUGCAAGCAUGGUUGUGUUUGGAGCUUGGUUGCUGCUUCAUAUAGCCAACACAAGUUUCAAAUCCAGCACUGUAGUUUCAACUACACACACGCUUGUUUUCCAUGGCGUUGAACUAUUUCUAGUUAACUCAUCAUAAUGCAACUUGGACACCGAAUAAGUUGAACCUUAUCAUGCUAUAACCUGUGUUCUACAGAGGUUUAGCGACGAUGUAGCUCUUGGAAGCUUCUUGUGGCCUCAAGAAAACGUGCUUCUAACUGUUUUCCUUUAUUUUUACUAUAUAUAUCCUGUCAUGGUGUGAUCAU